CUGACAACAGCGGAGCUCUGUAGUCAUUUCUAGAGACAUUAGCAUAAAAGCGAGCGUACAGCUGAACUACAGUACCCAUACGUCACUGUUCCAGCCUACAGUACAUUCUGCUGCUUAUCCGGGGAUGUCACACCGCUGCUAUUUUCUCCCCUCAGUCCCUCUCACUCUCAGCCUACAGCUCCAGCGGACUGACACUGGGCUUUGGAUAGAGAGAAACGAACAAUAAGAUACAAAAAACAAGAGGCCAAAAAAAAUGACAGAGCUCGGAGCGGGAAGCCUGCCUCUGGGGGAUCCUGCUUUUAAUUACCAGGAGCACGAACUGAACGAGCGGCUGAAGCGGCUCUACCCGGCUGUAAACGAGGAAGAGACCCCUUUACCCCGAUCCUGGAGCCCCAAGGAUAAAUACAGCUACAUUGGGCUGUCACAGAACAACCUACGGGUCCAUUACAAAGGUCAUGGCAAGAACCACAAGGACGCAGCAUCAGUGCGAGCCACGCACCCAAUCCCUGCUGCCUGUGGGAUCUAUUACUUUGAAGUCAAGAUUGUCAGCAAAGGUCGAGACGGAUACAUGGGCAUCGGCCUGUCUGCUCAGGGAGUCAACAUGAACAGACUGCCUGGAUGGGACAAGCACUCAUACGGUUACCAUGGAGACGACGGCCACUCCUUCUGCUCCUCCGGGACGGGCCAGCCGUACGGGCCAACAUUCACCACGGGUGAUGUAAUUGGAUGCUGCGUCAACCUCAUUAACAACACUUGCUUUUACACCAAAAAUGGCAUCAGUUUAGGUGUUGCCUUUACGGACCUCCCCCCCAACCUGUACCCCACUGUGGGGCUUCAGACCCCCGGUGAGAUUGUAGACGCCAACUUUGGCCAGCAGCCAUUUGUCUUCGACAUCGAGGACUACAUGAGCGAAUGGCGGGCCAAGAUCCACGGCAUGAUCGCUCGCUUUCCCAUAGGCGAGCGGCUGGGGGAGUGGCAGGCCGUCCUACAGAAUAUGGUGUCCAGCUAUCUGGUGCACCAUGGGUACUGUGCCACUGCAACAGCCUUCGCCAGAGCCACAGAAACCAUGAUACAAGAGGACCAGACAUCUAUAAAGAACAGGCAGAGAAUACAGAAGCUAGUGCUGGCGGGACGUGUCGGCGAAGCCAUAGAAGCGACUCAGCAGCUUUAUCCCAGCCUGUUAGAACGCAACCCUAAUCUACUAUUCAUGUUGAAGUGUCGUCAGUUUGUGGAGAUGGUGAACGGCACAGACAGCGAGGUUCGCUGUUUGACCAUUCGCUCCCCAAAGUCCCAGGACAGUUACCCCGGCUCGCCCUGCCUCAGCCCCCACCACGGAGCCAGCAACACACACCUGCACACUGGAGGUUCAGACAGCCCCACCUGCAGUAACGGGGUCACUCCCCCCAACAAGUCAAAGAGCCACAGCAGCAGCGGCAGCGUCAAAUACCCCAGCGCGUCCUCCUCCGCCUCCUCCUCCACCUCCUCCUCCCCUUCUUCUAUCAACUACUCCGAGUCCAACUCCUCUGACUCCACCAAGAGCCAGCCGCACAGUGCCAACAGCACCCAGGAAACCAGUGACAGUGAGAUGGAGAUUGAAGCAGAGCACUACACCAACGGGGUUGUUGAGGGCUCCUCAGCGCGGAUCAUGAACGGGACCUACAAACAUGAAGAGAUCCUUCAGCCAGACGACAACAGCAUUGGCAAUGGGGUCACAGCAGGUGAGGUUUGCAGUCACAGCAGGCAGCUUUGUGGUGGGAACCAAGCAGCCACAGAGAGGAUGAUCCAGUUUGGACGGGAGCUGCAGGCACUCAACGAACAGCUGUGUCGGGAGUACGGCAAGAAUGCCACGCACAAGAAGAUGUUGCAGGAUGCAUUCAGCCUGCUAGCGUACUCAGACCCCUGGAACUGCCCCGUGGGCCAGCAGUUAGACCCUACGCAGAGAGAAUCGCUCUGCUCUGCCCUUAACAGCGCCAUACUGGAGUCCCAAAAUCUGCCUAAACAGCCCCCGCUGAUGCUAGCCCUCGGUCAGGCCACGGAGUGCGUUCAGCUCAUGGCCCGAGUCCGGUCCGGUUCCUGCUCCUUCGCCAGAGUAGACAACUUUUUGCACUAGCCCAGGUCCAGGUUAAUGUUAAGUAGCACUGAGAGAAGACAUGUCCAGCAGGUAGUUGUCAUGGCAACGGAGGAAGGAGCGUGACGUGCGGUUGGUGUGUUUGGCCGCCCGUCAGACCGAGCCAGCAGCACAGACAGAGGGGGCAGAGGAGAGAGAGAGAGAGAGAGGGGAAAGAAAGGUUCCUUUUAAUUUAGUAUUAUAAAAUAAAGAAAUGUGUGACACUAUUUAAAGAUAAUUAUUAUUCUGUUCAUCUAGCCUUUUAUUUUAUUUUUUUUAGUUCUUUUGUGUCAGUUUGUUGUGCUCAUCCUGGAACAAACACAGUGUAAUUCCCCCUUCCUGAUUCUUCCUUCUGUUUUAACGGGUGGAUUUCGAUUCCCUGCCGUCAGUAUUGUUGUUCUCAUUCACCAUAUCACAAACCACAAAACCCACCAGCUGGUUUUUCCACAGUUUUUUUUUUUCUUUCAAUAAGAUAUGCAGUUAAAAAAAAAAAAAAAGCACUUCAUGUUUUUGAAAUACAGGCCUCAUAUCUCCCAUUUUAUUCCAGAAUGUCAGAAAACAAAAUUUAUUGGACAAAACCUUCCAAAGUCAUAGUUGCUGUGAUAUUUCUAAGAAUAAAAUUGUGUGCGCUAACAGUUUAUGAGCCAAAGAACAGGAGACUUCCUGGAAACUUUACCCAUGGAAAAAAAAAA